UGGUAACCUUUAAAAAUAUUAUUCCCUGCCUUUUCUCUCUUUUUUAAAUAAUAUCACACACACAUUUUUUUAAAAAAAAAUGGUGAAUAAAGCAACUGUAAAGAACGUCUUGUCUGGAGAUACCGUUAUUUUAAGAGGAAAGCCUAGAGCCAACGGACCUCCUCCCGAAAGACUUUUAGCUUUGUCUAAUGUUCAGGCACCGAGAUUAGGCAACACCACUCGUUCUGAUGAACCUUUUGGGUAUGCCGCACGAGAGUUUUUGAGAAAGUUAGUGGUUGGUAAGGAAGUCUCGUUUGUAUCUGAUUAUACAGUCCCCACCACACAACGCGAAUAUGGUAGCUUGUAUUUACCCAACGGUGAUAACGUGGCUGAAUUAGGCGUGAAAGCUGGUUGGCUUAAAGUCCGUGAAGGUGGUAAAACCACACGUGAAGAUCAAGAAGAAGUCUUGGACAAGUUGGAGUUAUUGCAAUCGGAAGCUCAAGCUGCUGGUCUUGGUAUGUGGGACUCCUCUGAAAAGGGUACGCGUGAGGUUUCCUUUUCAUUUGAACGUGAUGCACAAGCCUUUUUGAACAAGUACAAGGGAAAGCCUUUGGAUGCUGUGAUUGAACAAGUACGUGAUGGUGCUACAUUCCGUGUUUUAUUGAUUUUACCCGACGCUACCCAACAAUUCAUUACAUUAUACCUUAGCGGUAUUAAAGCUCCUGCCUGUAAAAGAGACAAUGACGACCAAUCCGUUUCAGAACCCUUUGGAGAAGAAUGCAAGUUCUUUGUCGAAUCACGUCUUUUACAACGUGGUGUCAAGGUGAUUUUAGAAGGUGUAUCACAAUCAGGUGGACAAAAUUUUAUUGGUUCUGUUCAACAUCCUGCUGGUAACAUUGCUGAAUUAUUACUUUCACAAGGUUUAGCCAAGUGUGUUGAUUGGAGUAUCACCAUGGCUACUUGUGGUCCCGCUCCUUUACGUCAAGCAGAAAAAUCCGCCAAGGAGAAAAAACUUCGUAUUUGGCGUGAUUUCGUUGCUAAAAAAGUCGAUACCAAUGCUACCGAAUUUGAUGCUACCGUUGUACGUAUUGUGACGGGUGAUACGAUUAUUGUAAAGACCAAAGCCGGUGUUGAAAAGAAAAUUCAAUUAGCCAGUGUGAAACAAGCCCCUCGUGGUACAGGAUCCACUGCCCCUAACAACUCCAAAUCAAGAGAUAUCAAGGAAGUAGGUUAUCAAUUUGAAGCCAGAGAAUUCUUGCGUAAAAAGUUGAUUGGUAAACCCGUGCAUGUCACAAUUGAUUAUCAUAAGCCUGCUCAAGAUGGGUUUGAAGCCAAGGAUUGUGCUACUGUCAUUGCUAGUAAUCACAAUAUCGCAGAACAACUCAUUGUACGUGGUCUCGCUACUGCUAUUCGUCAUCGUAAGGAUGAUGAUAACCGUUCACAUUGUUAUGAUCAACUUCUUGUUGCAGAAAGAAAGGCAGAGGAAGAAAAGAAGGGUUUACAUAGUCCCAAGGAACAACCCGUUGUGCGUAUUGUAGAUGCCUCUGAAAAUGCCGCCAAGUCACGUCAAUUCUUGACCUUUUUAAAGCGUAGUGGUAAAGUGCAUGCCGUAGUGGAUUUCGUGGCCAAUGGUUCUCGUAUGUUUGUUUGGGUACCCAAGGAAAACUGUCGUUUGACCUUUGUCUUGUCUGGUGUUCGUGCUCCUCGUGUCGGUCGUACACCCAAUGAUAAAUCCGAACCCUUUGGUCAAGAAGCACUUGAUUUUGUCUCUCAAAAAUGUCUUCAACAUGACGUUGAAAUUGAGAUUGAAAAUGUGGAUAAAAUUGGUAGCUUUGUGGGUUCUCUCUUUGUCAAUGGUGAAAAUUUAGCUGUGGCUCUUUUAUCCCGUGGUUUAGCUACCAUUCAUGAAUACUCUGCAGAUGAAUCUCAUUAUGUAAACCAAUUAUAUGGUGCAGAACGUGAUGCCAAGACUGAAAAGAAAGGUAUCUGGUCCACCUAUAAGCCUGAAGAAGAAGAAGAACAAGUGGCUCAAGACCAAGCUUCUUCUGCUGCUGGUCCUCACCGUGAAUACAUUGAUAUCGUUGUCUCGGAUAUCAUCAGUGGUUCUCAUUUCUAUGUUCAAAAGGUCACAGAUGAAAUUGCUAAAUUAGAAACCGUCAUGUCUGAAUUAGGUCAAUAUCAAAACGGUCGUCCUGCUGACCCCACUUUUAAAGCACGUGUAGGUGAAAAUGUCAGUGCUAAAUUCACUGAAGAUGAUUGUUGGUACAGAGCCAGAGUCAAGCGUAUCUCUCAUGAAGGCAUUGAAGUCUUUUACAUUGAUUUCGGUAAUUCAGAGACCUUGUCUAGUUCUCGUGUGCGUUCUUUACCCGAAAACUUUAAGCAAUUAAAAGCACAAGCACACGAAGCCACUUUAUCAUUUGUCAAAUCACCCGAGGUCAAUGAAGAUUAUGGUAUUGAGGCUUUGGAACGUUUCCGAGAUCUCACGGGUAAUAAGCAGUUGGUGGCUAACGUGGAUGCGCGUGAUGGCAACGUGCUCUGUCUCACCAUUUUUGAUUUCCGUAAAUCCACCAGUGCAGAAGAUAGUGUUAAUUUGGAUAUGGUCAAGGACGGUCAAGCUUAUGUGACCCCCAAGGUGCGUUAUGCUCGUGGUAAUGAAACUAUUUUGAAAACAUUGCAAGAGGCACAAGAGGAAGCUAUUAAGCGUAGACGUGGUAUGUUUGAGUAUGGCGAUAUCACCGGUAACGAAGAUGUCACCAGCACACAUUAUUAAUUAAAUAUAUAUAUGUAUACACUUUUUUG